AUGCAUACAUCGGUGCUUGCCGGUGUCCUGGCCCUUGCGCUCCGCGCGACGACAGCGUUGCCCACGUGCGCACCCAUGGAAGCCAACGUCGACUUCUGGGGUAACGACGUGGGUCGUACGGCGCGCUCGUCGGCCGACGACUGCUGUGCUGACUGCAAGAACACGCCGGGCUGCCGCCUCUUUGUCUGGAACGUGCACGAAGGCGGUACUUGCUGGCUCAAGAGCAAGAUGGGUGCCAAGACGUACUUCCCUGGCGCCAAGGCCUCGGUUAUCAACGACAUCACCGUGCCGAGCCAGUGCCCUGCCGUCGAAGAGCAUGUCGACUACUGGGGCAACGACGUGGGUCGCACGGCCCGGGCGUCGGCGUCCGACUGCUGCGCCGACUGCGAGGCGACGCCGGGCUGCCGCCUCUUUGUCUGGAACGGCCACGAAGGCGGAACGUGCUGGCUCAAGAGCGAGCAAGGCGCCAAGGGCUUCUACUUUGGUGCGGUGUCUGCUACGCUUUCGCCCGUAUCGGACUGCAACGUCGUCGAAGACAAUGUCGACUAUUGGGGCAAUGACAUUGGUCGCACGGCCCGUGCGACGGCCGACAACUGCUGCGACGACUGCAAGAACACGCCAGGCUGUCAGCUCUACGUCUGGAACGAUCACGAAGGCGGCACAUGCUGGCUUAAAAACAAGAAGGGUGCCAAGACAUUCUCCCCCGGUGCCAAGUCUGCUACGCUCAGGUGA